AAAAAUAAUUGAAAAUAUAAAAUUUUCCAAACGUUUAUUUUAUCUGCACGGUGUUCGUAAUUUUGACAGCGACGAUAGAUAACUUAAAAAAUUGUUAGCAACGUUGAUACGAUAGCGAAGGACGCAUUGAGCGGUUAUACGGCAAAGUUAACUCAAUCGCAUACAAUAUGGACUUUCAAAAUCGCGCCGGUGGUAAAACUGGUAGUGGUGGCGUUGCAUCAUGGUCGGAAACCAAUCGCGACCGCAAGGAACGUCUCCGCCAACUUGCGCUGGAGACUAUUGAUUUAAACAAAGAUCCGUAUUUUAUGAAAAAUCAUCUUGGUUCUUACGAAUGCAAGCUUUGCUUAACACUGCAUAACAAUGAAGGCAGUUACUUAGCGCACACCCAGGGUAAGAAGCAUCAAGAAAAUCUUGCGCGUCGUUCUGCUAAGGAAGCGAAGGAGGCACCUUCAAUGUUAGCACCAGAAAAACCUAGAGUUGAACCAAAAAAGUUUGUUAAAAUUGGUAGACCUGGUUAUCGUGUCACAAAACAACGUGAUCCAAAUAAUGGACAGCAAUCGUUACUUUUUCAAAUUGACUAUCCUGAGAUAUCCGAAGGUAUCAUACCGAGACAUCGGUUUAUGUCAGCUUAUGAACAAAAAAUCGAACCACCAGACCGUAAGUGGCAAUAUUUACUUUUUGCCGCCGAACCAUACGAAACAAUUGCGUUUAAAGUACCAUCACGUGAGGUGGAGAAGACAGAAGGAAAGUUUUGGACGCAUUGGAAUCGUGACACAAAACAAUUCUUUCUGCAAUUUUCAUUCAAAUUUGAACCGAAAAUCAUACCACCACCGCCACCACAAUUGCAACGCGCGCUUGGUGCGCCAGGCUUUCCAAUUCCAGGACCACCGCGACCUCAUCAUAUUUUUAACGGGGUGCCACCACCUCCACCCAUGGGAGUUCUACCGGUUCCACCACCACCAAUGUAAAAACAUUUAUUUAAAAAAUAUAGAUUUAAUAUUUUUACUAAAAUUAU